GGGACGCCGGAGUGGAGGGCAACUUCAGAAUGGAUAGAUCCAUUCGCUCAGCCAAGACACCUUCCUAAGCACAUAGAGCGUUCUCUAUGAGAAUGGUUUCUGGCUGCUGGUAGCUUACACAGGUUCUCCAAACUACGCAGGAGGCUCAAAUCUGGAAGGUUAUUGCUUGAAAAUAGCUAGUCAGAAGAGUCCAUGAGACUCCUACCUCCAAUAAAAACAACAGCAACAACAAAACCCAGCAAAAAGCCCACCUGGCACCUUGAGUCAAAUGGUUGAGCAGCAGCAGAGUGAGCAAGCUGAGUAAGCUCCAGGCCAUUCGCCUCAGCUGCGGAGGUCUGACGUGGGGCUCUAGCACCUCCUUUACCCAUACAAGGAAGGGCCCCUGCUGUGUGAAAAGCCUUGAGAGAAAGCUGGUUUUUCCUGAAUGUCUUCAGGAUGGAAAUAGCACUUUCAGUUUGUGUCCCCCCAAAGAGCCCGUUGGGCACAGAUCUAGGAGCGGAUCGCUUUUCACUUGCAAAUGAGUGACUGGAUGACAACACAGUUGUGUUUUGGAAGGCUUAGAGCUCCGGGCCUGUGGGAGCCUGGGUCCGGAGGGGACCCUGACUGGCUGCAGAGCUGAUGGAGCGCUGACGCAUGCCGUGAAAAUCCUGGCUGCGCCGGAUUUUAUCCUGUGCCAGGUAAAGACGCACGACUCUCACCGAGCGGCCAUGCCCCGGCUCUCCGUGCCCCGGAGCCUCCUCCGCGUCUGCGUCCUGGCCAUCUGUGUGUUCAGCACUGUGGAGACGUUCACCUGUGAAGACUGCCAGCAGGACACAUGCACCCAGACACCGAAGACCUGUGAAAGCGCCGACAGCUGCUUCACCAACAUGCAGUUCUGGAACAAGUCUGGGACCCUGGUGAAACAGCACAGGCAGAAGGGCUGUCUGUCUGGCUGCGUGCCGCUGUCUUUCUCCGCCACACUCGGCGAGCAGAGGACCUUUGAGUACAACAACCAAUGCUGCCAAACUGACAAAUGCAACAAGAACUUUCCGGUGUUUCAGAAGUCCUCAGUCACCAAUGGAGUUGAAUGUCCUGCCUGCUACGCCGAGAGAGAGUCUUCCUGCGUCCCGGCUCCUCUGAAAUGCACAGGGACAGAGAAAAGCUGUGUGGAGGUCACUGGCACAGGAACCGUAGGUGGUCAGACUUCCGUGGUAUUUUUUGGAAAGGGCUGUGCAACUGAAUCUGCCUGCAACCUGGAGGAUGUCACUGUGAUAGACUCAACACAAAUACACACCACCUGUCCCAGGGCUGUGGACGCAAGCCCCCGACAGGCGUCCACCAUCUCCUCAGUCCUGGCUGGUGUCUUCCUGCUGAAGCUCUUGCUUUAAUUGUUCGGGCAUUGGCAUGAUCCCAUAAUCCUACAGACCUGGACGUGUUGUAAUUCUUGGAUUGAUUCUUUCUCCAAUGGGAGAGAAUUAAAAACAA